CAUCGAUUCCUUCAACUUGUAUCACCAUGUCUUGUCAACAAAAGGGGUGACGUGACAGCUGUGAGUGCUUGAUGGUUGAAGGUGGACAGUGCACGCUGGCAGCUGGCUUUCGCUCUGGCUGAGCGACGCCCGGCCGCUGCCAAGACGGGACCUUCAACCUUGUGCUCAUCCACAAAAUGGCUGUGAAGAGAUGCACCAGCCACACUAUUACCUAAGCAGGAUUAGCCAGCUUUCGCGGACGGCACUGGGCAGCACCGCGCACUGGGGCUGGGUGGGGCUUCCGCUGGGCGCCCGCACAGAAAUUUCCUAACCACCAAUCUUCAAAAUUCAUCCACUUCGCAGUCGUGAGCGAUAGUUUUGCAGCAUCGAAACUCGACAGCAACACCGCAGCAAUGGCGUCUUCCCGUGUCACCUACCGCCGCCGCAACCCCUACAACACCACGUCCAACAAGACGCGGAUUGUUAAGACCCCCGGCGGUCAGCUUCGUGUUCUGCACAUCAAGAAGCGUGGUACUGCUCCUAAGUGCGGUGACUGCGGCAUCAAGCUCCCUGGUGUCCCUGCCCUCCGCCCCCGCGAGUACGCUCAGCUCUCCAAGCCCAAGAAGACUGUCCAGCGUGCCUACGGUGGUUCCCGCUGCGGCAACUGCGUCCGCGACCGUGUCGUCCGUGCUUUCCUCAUUGAGGAGCAGAAGAUCGUCAAGAAGGUCCUCAAGGAGCAGAGCCAGGCCGAGAAGUCCAAGAAGUAAACAAGUUAAAUUGUCAGCUUUCUUUGGGUCUUUGUCUUGGGGGAAAUCAACAAACAUGGUUGCGCAAGGUUGACGGUCUCAUUGCUUCGGUGUUCAAUUGGGAAAAGGGGGCUGCACAGCAUUGCGAUGCCAUAACACAGCAACACAAUACAGCCGGGGAUUCAUCGGUUGUCUCUUGUUCUCUUAGGGUUGCUUUCUCACCCGGAAUGAGGUUCCAUCAAUGAAACUGGACUUCAAGCCGUGCUCUCACCGAUCAACCGAACCUGGGCAAUGCUGCUAGAAGAAGAACAGCCGCCUAGGCGUUGCCCUGCCUCUGCUAUAUCUCUAUAUAUAGAGUUGGCUUAGGAUUAGGAGGGCGUCAAGGCGUCCGUGGAUGACUGCAAGACGAUGAACCGCAAGACACUCAAUAUGACCGCCAAAAACUUGUGCAGCAAUAUCUGGUUGAUGUGAUAAUGAUAAUACCCCAGUUUAAGUGCUUGUUUAUAAU